CCGGGAGCCUUUGCUGCCUUCGCCGCAGGGGAGGCUGGGCUGGAAAUGGGGAGGGGGCGACGAAGGGUGCGGGCAGGCCUACGAGCUGAGCUAAUCCUCCUAGCUCUAGGGGCCGGCCUAAGCGGCUUUGUGGCCGGCCGCGAGGUGACCGAGCCUGGGCUGGAGCCGGGUUCUCCGCCCAAACCUGGCGUAGCCGAAGCCGGAGAGGAUUGUCCUGGUGGGGGAAUAGAGCUUUUCCCUGGAAAUGGAGGCUGGUGCGAGGUCCCUGCAACAGCCGGGCCUGGGCACUCUGCAGAACUGGUUUGGGCAAGGGGCUGCUCACCAGGGCUAGAGGUCGGAUUCAAUCCAGCUUCAGCACCCUUUGUCCUCCUCUCCAGGGUGAGGCCUGAGUCCCACCUCCCCUACCGACCCUCCCUAGCCAGUUCUAACGCGUGUCCAGGCUGGCCGCCCCAGCACCUACUGUGCGCAGCCUCAUGUAACAAUCCUUGUGCCCUGGCUGCCAUCUGCGGGGCCGCGCCCUGGGCCUGCCGCUUUUGGCCAAGGCACAGCUUCUGAGGAGGGUUAUGACCAUCUGGCAGAUGCAGAAACAGGCCCAGAGAGGGAGCCCCGCGCGGACUCACUCUAUGAUGUCCCUGUCGGUGCGGCCGCAGCGCCGCCUGCUCAGCGCCCGGGUCAGUAGGAGCCAGUCCUUCGCAGGCGUCCUCGGCAGCCACGAGCGGGGGCCCAGCCUCUCCUUCAGGAGCUUCCCGGUCUUCAGCCCGCCGGGGCCCCCACGGAAGCCCCCCGCGCUCUCCCGAGUGUCCAGGAUGUUUUCCGUGGCUCAUCCAGCUGCCAAGGUGCCGCAACCCGAGCGGCUGGACCUGGUGUAUGCGGCGCUGAAGCGGGGCCUGACGGCCUACUUGGAAGUGCACCAGCAGGAGCAGGAGAAACUCCAGGGGCAGAUAAGGGAGUCCAAGAGGAAUUCCCGCUUGGGCUUCCUGUAUGAUCUGGACAAGCAAGUCAAGUCCAUUGAACGCUUCCUGCGACGACUGGAGUUCCAUGCCAGCAAGAUCGAUGAGCUGUAUGAGGCAUACUGUGUCCAGCGGCGUCUCCGGGAUGGUGCCUACAACAUGGUCCGUGCCUACACCACUGGGUCCCCGGGGAGCCGAGAGGCCCGGGACAGCCUAGCAGAGGCCACUCGGGGGCAUCGCGAGUACACGGAGAGCAUGUGUCUGCUGGAGAGCGAGCUGGAGGCACAGCUGGGCGAGUUUCAUCUCCGAAUGAAAGGGCUGGCUGGCUUUGCCAGGCUGUGUGUAGGCGAUCAAUAUGAGAUCUGCAUGAAAUAUGGGCGUCAGCGCUGGAAACUACGGGGCCGAAUUGAGGGUAGUGGAAAGCAGGUGUGGGACAGUGAAGAAACCAUCUUUCUCCCACUGCUCACGGAAUUUCUGUCUAUCAAGGUGACAGAACUGAAGGGCCUGGCCAACCAUGUGGUUGUGGGCAGUGUCUCCUGUGAGACCAAGGACCUGUUUGCCGCCCUGCCCCAGGUUGUGGCUGUGGAUAUCAAUGACCUUGGCACCAUCAAGCUCAGCCUGGAAGUCACAUGGAGCCCCUUCGACAAGGAUGACCAGCCCUCAGCCGCUGCUUCUGUCAACAAGGCCUCCACAGUCACCAAGCGCUUCUCCACCUAUAGCCAGAGCCCACCGGACACACCCUCACUUCGGGAACAGGCCUUCUAUAACAUGCUGCGACGGCAGGAGGAGCUGGAGAAUGGGACAGCAUGGUCCCUGUCAUCCGAAUCUUCAGACGACUCAUCCAGCCCACAGCUCUCAGGCACUGCCCGCCACUCAUCAGCCCCUAGGCCCCUGGUGCAGCAGCCUGAACUCCUUCCCAUCCAAGUUGCCUUCCGUAGGCCUGAGACCCCCAGCUCUGGUCCCCUGGAUGAGGAGGGGGCCGUGGCCCCAGUCCUGGCAAAUGGGCAUGCACCCUACAGUCGGACUCUUAGCCACAUCAGUGAGGCUAGUGUAGACGCUGCCUUGGCUGAGGCUUCAGUGGAGGCCAUUGGCCCAGAAAGCCUAGCCUGGGGACCUAGCCCACCUACACACCCAGCUCCCACCCAUGGAGAGCACCCCAGCCCUGUUCCUCCGACCCUGGACCCUGGCCACUCUGCCACAAGCUCCACCCUCGGUACAACAGGCUCUGUCCCCACAUCUACAGACCCUGCCCCAUCUGCACACCUAGACUCAGUUCAUAAGGCCACAGACUCUGGCCCUUCAGAACUGCCAGGCCCCACUCACACCACUACAGGCUCCACCUGUAGUGCCAUUCAAAGCCCCCUCACUCACACUACUACAGGCUCCACCCACAAGCCCAUAAUCUCUACCCUUACUACUACAGGCCCUACCGUCAAUAUCAUAGGCCCAGUCCAGACUACCACAAGCCACACCCAUACCAUACCAAGCCCCACCCAUACCCCCACAAGUCCCACCCAUAAAACCAGGAUGUCAACUCCUACCACUAUCAGUCCCACCCAUACCCCCACAAGUCCCACCCAUAAAACCAGGAUGUCACCUCCCACCACUACAAGUCCUAACCCCAGUGCUAUGGGCCUAGUCCAGACUGCCACAAGCCCCACCCUUAUAAAUGUAAGUCCUUCUACUUCUCCAGAACUUGCUACCCUCUCCAGCCCCUCCAAACACUCAGACCCCACCCUCCCAGCCACCGACUCCCUUCCCUGUAGUCCCCCAGCCUCCAAUUCCUGCACUCAGGCAGACCCUAUAGCCCCCAGCACCUCCCACCCAAGUCCUGCCCAUUCCAGUAGGAAACCCCUCACAAGCCCUGCCCCAGAUCCCCCAGAGUCUAUGGUUCAGAGUCUAAGCCCCACUCCCUCACCCCCAACCCCUGCACCCCAGCAUUCAGACCUUAGCCUGGCCAUGGCUGUCCAGACCCCAGUCCCAGGGGCAGCCGGAGGGUCUGGGGACAAGAUCCUGGAGGAGGCACUGGGGGCCCUAAUGGCUGCCCUGGAUGACUACCGUGGCCAGUUUCCUGAGCUGCAGGGCCUGGAGCAGGAGGUGACCCGACUAGAGAGUCUGCUCAUGCAGAGACAAGGUCUGACUCGCAGCCGGGCCUCCAGUCUCAGCAUCACUGUGGAGCAUGCCUUGGAGAGCUUCAGCUUCCUCAAUGAAGACGAAGAUGAAGACAAUGAUGUUCCUGGGGACAGGCCUCCAAGCAGCCCAGAGGCUGGGGCUGAGGACAGCAUAGACUCACCCAGUGCCCGCCCCCUCAGCACGGGGUGUCCAGCUCUGGACGCUGCCUUGGUCCGGCACCUGUACCACUGCAGUCGCCUCCUGCUGAAACUGGGCACAUUUGGGCCUCUGCGAUGCCAGGAGGCAUGGGCCCUGGAGCGGCUGCUGCGGGAAGCCCGAGUGCUGGAGGCAGUAUGCGAGUUCAGCAGGCGGUGGGAGAUCCCGGCCAGCUCUGCCCAAGAAGUGGUGCAGUUCUCGGCCUCUCGGCCUGGCUUCUUGACCUUCUGGGACCAGUGCACAGAGAGACUCAGCUGCUUCCUCUGCCCAGUGGAGCGGGUGCUUCUCACCUUCUGCAACCAGUAUGGUGCCCGCCUCUCCCUGCGCCAGCCAGGCUUGGCUGAGGCUGUUUGUGUGAAGUUCCUGGAGGAUGCCCUGGGGCAGAAGCUGCCCAGAAGGCCCCAGCCAGGGCCUGGAGAGCAGCUCACGGUCUUCCAGUUCUGGAGUUUUGUGGAAACCUUGGACAGCCCCACCAUGGAGGCCUACGUGACCGAGACUGCCGAGGAGGUGCUACUGGUGCGGAAUCUGAACUCAGAUGACCAGGCUGUUGUGCUGAAGGCCCUGAGAUUGGCGCCCGAGGGGCGUCUGCGAAGGGAUGGGCUGCGGGCCCUCAGCUCCCUGCUCGUCCAUGGCAACAACAAGGUGAUGGCUGCUGUCAGCACCCAGCUCCGGAGCCUGUCACUGGGCCCUGCCUUCCGGGAGAGGGCCCUCCUGUGCUUUCUGGACCAGCUGGAGGAUGAGGACGUGCAGACUCGAGUGGCUGGCUGCCUGGCCCUAGGCUGCAUCAAGGCUCCCGAGGGCAUUGAGCCCCUGGUGUACCUCUGCCAAACUGACACAGAAGCUGUGAGGGAAGCUGCCCGGCAGAGCCUACAGCAGUGUGGAGAAGAGGGACAGUCUGCCCAUCGACGGCUAGAGGAGUCCCUGGACGCCCUGCCCCGCAUCUUUGGGCCUGGCAGCAUGGCGAGCACAGCAUUCUAAACUAUUCACCCACGGGUUCCUGGCGCCCCUUCCCUGUACUUUCAGGGCUCACCAGGCACUGGCAGGGAGGGUAAGGGCUGGCUCCAGAUACCCCUCCCCCACAGAUUCCUAGCAAUGCAAAUCUAAUAUAUUCUUCUGUUGCCCCUGGGGUUGGAGAGUCAGUGCCUGCAGUCAAGUGCCUCCCAGCCUAGGCUCAGCACAUCCCUUGCCACAAAUCAGUGUCCAGGGCUUGGCCACCCUGCCUCUGCCCAGCCACAUCCCUUGAUUUUGUAUUUUAUUUACAGAGUUUUACAGAAAAUAAAAAAGCAAAAUGCCUUUCCUA